AUGGACGAGAGCACCGCGGCGCUCCCGAAGGUGACGACGAGUUAUGGAGUCGCCGACAAGGUCGUUACGGCCGUGGCCGUGGCCGCGAUGGUCUGCGGCAUCAUCUCCGUAGGCGGCCCGUUGUACGUCGGGCACGUCUUAGCCGUGGCCUCUGUGACGUUCCCUGCUGCCUUCGCGGUGCCCGAAGUCGUUAUUAAGGCCUUCGUCGGCCCCAAGCCCCUUAAGGUGAGGUUUUGGCCCGAUCACCACUGGGUGACAUGCGCGCUCGGAACCGGAGUCGGUUUCGUUUGGGGUGUCGUGCUCGGAAUCAAACUCGCCCACAUGAAAGGUAUCAAGUUCCAGUUCAAGGUGUGA